AUGGCAAGUCUUAUUGCUACGUACGCGCGGCGGAGGCAAAUGUCACGCGACUUAGUACUGAACUCCACGUUCACCCCUCUCCACCAAUCUGAUAACCACAAUGGCCCUGGCUCGGGUCACGGUAAUGGAGAAAACCUGGACACAGAGGGCUCCCAUGGAGGUAGCGAUAAUGGUCAGUCCGGGAGCAACGGCGAUAAAAACAGCGGGGAUAGCGGAGACGACAGCAAAAGCGGAGACGGCAGUAACGGUAACUCUCAGGGCGGGAGCAGUAGUUCUCAGAACGGGCAACACGGAAAUGCGGGCGGCGGGAACGAUUCCGGCCAAGGCGGGAGCCCAGGGCAGAACUCGAACAACUGCGGUGCCGCGAUGAACCCCCUUAUGCCUGAUCCAAGACUCUGCACGGGUGUCAACGAGAAUGAUGGACGACUGAAGUACGGUACAGGAUGGGUUCUGGCAUCGAGGGAUCCAAACGGCAAAAGCCUGACGUCUCACUCGACCAUGGUCAACGGCUCGUCUGUCGUGGUCGAUUUUUCCGGAACAAGUAUCGUCGUUUUUGGCACCGUUCCUCCUAGCAAUAUGAGCGAGAUUCCCCCCUCUGCCUCCUACUCGAUCGAUGGUAGAAGGGCAUUCGAGCUCUCCCUCCCCGCGAGCGAUAGAUGCAUCCCCAACCAACAGUUCUUCCAGUCGCCCAUGCUUUCGCCUGGCACGCACAACCUCACAAUCAACGUCACCACCGCUGGCACUCCGUAUAUCCUCGACUACCUGUGGUUCUGUGGGUCUUCAGUGCCGUCUGCCGACUCGUCCGGCACGAGCCCGAAGACGGCCCACGGGGGGUUCUCGCGCGUGGACGCGAUCGUGGUCGGCUCUGUCGUGGGUGGCGUAAUCUUCUUACUGGGGAUAGCUUCCCUCGUGUGGUUCUUCCUAAGGCGGCGAAGGAGGCGGAGAAGGCUGCGUAAACUGAAGAUCGCGGCGAGCCCCGUGAGCAGCUGGUUGCACUCGCAGAACAAUAGCGGGAGCGGGACAGAAAUCGUGUUCACGUCUACCGAGUCGAUCAUGCGCGACAACCCCACGUGUUCGAGCACCGCGGACUCAAAGGAGCACCAACGCAAAGCACUGGAGCUUUCCAUGCCCAUAACAACAACCUUUCACGAGCAACCUCCCGGACUGACUUCGUCGACGGUGGUCGAUCACAUUCCCGAGGGAUACACCAGCCUCGCUCCUCCGCCUUGGAUCGUUCGCCCGCUCUCGACCGCGAGCUGA